AUGGCCACCGAAGGGACUGAACCCACCGAGAUGAAGGAGGAGCAGAUUGUCCACGAGGAAGGGGGUGAAGAGGAGGAAGAGAUUGCCGCCAUGAAGAGGCGCGUCGCUGAAAUGGAGUCAGAGGCUUCGAAGCUGCGUGAGAUGCAGGCCACGCUGGACCAGCAAGCUUCGGACUUGGCGGAGAACAAAGAAGACAUUGACGCACGGAGUAUUUUCGUUGGCAAUGUGGACUAUGGCGCUUCUCCCGAGGAGAUCCAGGCACACUUCCAGAGCUGUGGCUCUAUCAACCGGGUGACAAUCUUGCUGGACAAAUUCUCCGGUUCACCCAAGGGCUACGCUUACGUAGAGUUUUCUGAGCCCAGUCUCGUGGCCCAGGCUUUGGUUUUGAACGAGAGUGUAUUCCGUGGUCGUAACCUCAAGGUGACUCCCAAGCGGACUAACGUGCCCGGUAUGACUCGCGGUCGUGGCCGAGGACGUGGUGGUAGCCGUGGUCGUGGACCCUUCCGAGGAUAUCGUGGUGCUUACCGGGGACGGGGACGUGGCUUCACGCCAUACUAA